AUGGCGGCGGGCAGGCGCGCCCCGCGCACCGGGCUGCUGGAGCUGCGCGGCCCCGGCGGGCAGUGGCUCCGCGUCCUCCUCACCCUGGGCGAGGACGUGCUGGGGGUGAGCCCGGCCGACGGCCCCGGCCCCGCUGCCGGCCCCGGCGAGGCACCGGCGGCGCAGCUGAACGGCGGCGAACCGGGCUCCGCCGUGCCCGAGGCUCUCGCCAACAUCAGGCGCACGGUGCGCGUCGUCAAGCAGGACGUGGGGGGGCUCGGCAUCAGCAUCAAAGGUGGCCGAGAGAAUAAAAUGCCCAUCUUGAUCUCCAAGAUAUUUAAGGGGCUGGCAGCGGAUCAGACCGAGGCGCUGUACGUGGGGGACGCCAUCCUCUCCGUCAACGGGACCGACCUUUCUGAGGCAACACACGAUGAGGCGGUGCAGGCGUUGAAGAAGACGGGCAAGGAGGUGGUCUUGGAAGUGAAAUACAUGAAGGAGAUCUCACCCUACUUCAAGAACUCCUCCGCGGGGGCAACGGUCAGCUGGGACCCCUCGCCCGCCACCCUGCAGAAGCGGUCAUCCCCCCUCCUACCCCCUCGGGAGCUCCGGGAGGGCAGGACCGUGCCUCUGAAGAUGUGCUACGUGUCCCGCAAGUGCCUCCCCACCGACCCAGAGCACAGGUACCUGGAGGUGUGCUCGGCGGACGGGCGCGUUGCCCUCUUCCUGCGGGCGAAGGACGAGGCCACGGCGCAGUCGUGGCUCAGCGCCAUCCAGGCCAACGCGGGUGCGCUGCUGCCGCGGGUGAAGGAGGAGCUGCGAGCCCAGCUGGCGGGUGCCGGCACGGUGGCUGGACGGGACGUCAAGCAUGUGGGCUGGCUGACCGAGCAGCUCCCCAGCGCCGGCACCAGGAACCUCUUGGCCGUCCUCACCGAGAAGGAGCUGCUGCUGUACGGCAGCCUGCCGCAGAGCCGUGACGCCCUGGGCAAGCCCGCGCACAGCUACCCUCUCAUUGCCACCAGGCUGGUGCACUCGGGGCCGGCCAAGGGCUCGGCGCUGUACGAAGCGGAGCUGUCGUUCGCGCUGCGCACCGGCACCCGGCUGGGCGUGCAGACCCACCUCUUCAGCCUGGAGAGCCCCCGCGACCUGGCGCUGUGGACCCGGCUGCUGGUGGACGGCACCCACGGCGCCGCCGAGCUGGUCCAGGAGGUCUCGGCAGCCUGCACAUGGAGGGGGCAGGAUUGCACCCUGUCCAUCCACAUCGACAAGGGCUUCACCAUCUCCACCACCGAGCCCGGGCUCAGCAAGACCAUCCUGCUCCAGCAGCCCUUCGAGAAGCUGCAGAUGUCCUCUGAUGAUGGCACCAAGAUGCUCUACCUGGACUUUGGUGGCCCGGAGGGAGAGAUUCAAUUGGACCUUCACUCCUGCCCCAAAACCAUCGUCUUCAUCAUCCACUCCUUCCUCUCAGCCAAGGUGACCCGGCUGGGACUGCUGGCAUGAACUGGGAGCGGAGGGCCGGGCAGAGCAGCCUCAGCCCCCGGCCGAUCUAUGCACCUCCCUCCAGGCCAAACCCAGCCCCAAGCCAUCCCAAGGAGACCGGAGCCCCCGCGGGGUCACGCCACCCCCGCCAAGGAAAAGCACCGUCUGGAUGGGAAAAACCACUCCCGGGGCGUUUGGGGGCAGCGGUGGGGUGAAAUCCUUCUUGGAUGGCAGCACCGGGACUUCUCCGGUCCCUUCUUCCCCUCCUUCCUCCACCCUGAUGCCCGGCAGCGGCUGGAGAAGCCCGGUCGGAGCCCGCCGCGAGCGGCCGUGCGGUCAUCACCCCAGUGCCUUGUGAGAUGAUAUUUUCUGUACAAAGAACCCAUUUGUAUCGAUGUUUUAUAUUUAUAUCGCCCAGUUAAAAAUGCUGACGUGGCAGCUCUCGCCCGCCUGGCUUGGACUCCCCGGAGAGUCCCCAGGUCCUGCAGCACAAGGACGUGUGUCUGUCCCCCGGACAGAACCUGAGGGCUGGAGACCGAAGCCAGCUCCGUAGUGCUUGAGAGAUGGGAACUGCAGAUCAGCUUUAUUUGCCAAAUUUUUCCAUAUUGAACCACUUUUCUUUGUGGGAGUUGGACGGUUCAUUUUAUUUUGCUAACUCCUGGGUCGCUUUAUUUCUCGGUUUAGGGGGGAGGGUUGUCAGGUGGCUGCUGGGAAAUAACUUCUUUUAUGAACCAAAAGAUUCUGCAUGAAAACGCCUUUUUUUGGGGGGUCAAAUAAACACUGCAGAUCACAACCAGCGGGAGCCAAGAUCUGUCUCCUGGUUUCACUUGGAGAAGUAGAAAAUCUGUUUGUGGGUGAUACCUGGGCUGUGCCUCAGGGUGUUUUCUACCAGGGGAAGGAAAGGUUUUGCUUGGAGGCUGUGGGAUGUUGCUCUGAGCUGGUGGUGUUGG